CCACUUACACAUUGCUAAUAUGGAAACUGCUUGACUGUGAAAAGAAUUUUCUUCAGACAAGAUUUUUUAGAUUAGUAGAUAAGGAUCUGUGUCCAGGAAAGACACUGUUUAUGGGGUGUCUUUUCUAAGGCCCAUAGAUGCAUUCAGAUAAAGAAAUGUCAAAGAGUCUUGUGUUCCAUUUUUUUGAUAUUGUGAAUAUUUUCUUUUUUAUGUUUCAGUAUUCAGCCCAGCCUGCUAAUAGACUUGUCUCAACCUUUUGGAUAACUCUGCCAGAUACAACUUCCUUCCCAGACUGACCUGACCUGGAUACCCACCAUGCACAACAGCACUGCCGGAACUCCACACACGGCUGCGACGUGUAACGAGACUUGGCCCACUCAGCCUCUGAGCUCCGAGUUCUCACUGGGUGUGUUGGUGCUGCUGGCUUUCCUCAUGGUGCUGCUGUGUGUGGUGACCAUCCUUGGAAACAUGCUGGUGAUCCUUGCUUUUGUUUUGGACAGAAACCUGAGGCAUCGGAGUAACUAUUUCUUUCUGAAUCUUGCUGUUUCUGACUUUGCAGUGGGUGUGUUCUGCAUGCCCCUCUACAUCCCUUACAGCCUGACGGGGAAAUGGCACUUGGGAAGAGGCAUCUGCAAGCUCUGGCUGGUUAUGGAUUAUCUCCUCUGCACAGCUUCAGUAUUUAACAUUGUUCUUAUCAGCUAUGACCGUUUCCUGUCAGUUACUAAAGCUGUAUCUUACAGAGCCCAGCAGGGAAUAAAAUCCAGCCCUGCCAUCCAGAUGGUGGCCAUCUGGGUCUUUGCCUUCCUCCUGUACUGCCCAGCCAUCCUGUUUUGGGAGCACCUGGCCGGACACAGCGUGGUAGCAGCGGAUCAGUGCUAUGCCGAGUUCUUUGACAACUGGUAUUUCCUCCUGUGUGCAUCCACCCUGGAGUUCUUUGUGCCACUGCUCUUGGUGAGCUACUUCAACAUGCACAUCUUCCACAACAUCCAGAGGCGCCAGCGGCGUGGCAGUGUGCAGGACUGUGAGCCUGCAAGGAGCAGCAGCCUGUCCUGGAGGUUUUGUGGCUUGCCAAGGCCAGGGGCAUCAUCUCCUUCGUCAGAAACAGAGGACAGUAUUUCUUCUUCCAUGAGACCAAAGAAAGAGUCUUUGGGAGCUGACUGCUCAUCUCCAUCCAUACACAAUUCUGUAACCCCAGAAAAUGACUUUUCUGUUUCUUUCUGUUCAAAGACCAGAUCAAAACUGCAGAGGGACAAGAAAGCAGCAAAGUCUCUUGCCAUAAUUGUCUGUGUGUUUGCCAUUUGCUGGGCCCCAUACUCUUUAUUAAUGAUUGUUCGUGGGGCCUGCCAGGGAACUUGUGUCCAUAACUCCCUGUAUGAAGCAACCUUUUGGCUUUUGUGGAUCAAUUCUUCUUUGAACCCAUUUCUUUACCCUCUCUGUCAUGUUAAAUUUCGAAUGGCUUUUCUUAAAAUACUAUGUCAAAAAAGGUUUGCAACAUUGAGGUCAGGUUCUUUUUAGAAGAAAAAAGAAAAACAAGGUAAUGAGGAGCUGCGUGAGGAAUGUAAGUAGCCACUGUUUGAAAAUAGAUUUAGUAUUUUCCAGGAGAUUAAACUAGUUGGGAAAUCUAAAUAUGCCUUCUGUGAAAUGUUCUCCUGUAGACAAAUGUGCAUGACCAAGGUUUGUGUACUUUUCCCAGCUAUUUUAAUCAACCAGUUAAAGUCUAUUGCCUCUGUCUGACUUUACCUAGUAGUCUAUCCACAGUAUCUCAAUUCUGAUUGCUGAAAAUGUUGUCUUCAACUGCAGUACUGCUUAUAUUUGUGUUCACAGGUGAUAUUAGUUAAAAAUUGUUAAAAUAAAGUUGUAGAUUACCCAUAAGGUCAGUAGAAUUCUAAA